GCAGAGCGCGCGGGGCACAGGCCUCCCCAACGCUGGAUCUCAGAGGCCCCAUCAAUGGUUCACCAGCGGCUCCAUCAAUGGUUCACCAGCGGCACAUCUUUACGCAUCUAGCGCCAAAGGUCCAACAGGAAUACGUUAUGCCUGGCGCUCACCGGGGCGUUGGUUAGACCCAGGCCCGAGCCCACCAAACCAUGCCCGACGGGAGACCACCCUUCCCGGCCUGCUUGUCGGGACGUCCCGCGCCUGGAGGUUUUUGCCCGACACCCACAAUCUCUGACCUGCCAUCAGGUUUUCGGGGAAGGCGAAGAAAUAUGGACUUAGUCUCUGACAGUCCAGUCGCCAGACCCCACGGUGACUGAUCGAUAGGAGCUAGUGUGGCGCCCCAGGGGCCAGGCCCCCACCCAGGCCCCCCAAAGCACCAAUGGGGUCGGCCUCUAUGGGUGUGGCAGAUCCUCCCCGUCCUGGGCGCUCUGUCAGGGAGGCGUGGGGGUGUCCCUCCGCACACAGCGCCCCCCCUUCCCGCCCCGAUCUGUGGGUAAAGGACCCAGAUGGCCCGUCUGGCUAAAUGACCCAGAGCUUGUCUGCUGCUCAGCCUGCCCGCCAGCCCGCCCCCCUGGACUCCGUUUCCCCCGCGCCGAUACUCGGCCCGUGCCCCCGCCCCACGCCCCUCGCCCUGCGAGGGCUGGGGGAUGUUCGGUGGGUUCGGUCGAGUCACCCGGCGUGGUGAAUCGAGGCCCCAGGGGCAGCGUAGGGAACGAGCUGGUGUGGGCUUCGAUUCUACCCCCGCCUGAGUGUGUGCGUCUGCAUCCCGUCCGUCCGCCCGCAACGCCGCCCACCCCCUGGGUUUAUCCUUGCUGGCUCCCGGCUGACCCCCACCCCGCCUACCCUGCUCCCGGGGGAGUGAGGGUGGUUGGUUGGGAGGGGAAGCUAGUGGACUCCGGCGAGGUGAAACGUGCCAGGGUCAGUGGUGCCGGGGUUACGGGCUGUCUGGACCCCCCUUUCGAUGGUUGGUGCGUAUUCCAUGUUGGCUGUAGCAGGUCACAAAAGCUCCCGCGGCUGGCGCGUGUGGAGCUGUCCCCCCCCCCAAUGGGGCUCAAACAAUCCCCGUUUUGGGGUGGAAAAAGUGAACGUGAAUGGCUGUGGAAAAGCUCCCGCUGGCCAGAACAGCAAAAUGAAGGGGGGAUAGGGAGUGAGGUGGGACACCCCUUCCCCAACUCGAGUCGUGACAAGAGAGAGAGGUGUCGAACCGCUGACCGGGGCAACGAUGAAGGGGCGGUGGGGUGCAUUGUUUAACGGGACACCCCCUCUGGUUCCUUUGAAAAGGGGGGAAGGGAAGUGAGGUGGACACCCCUCUCCCCCCUACUUGAGAAGUCGUAACAAAAUAAGGCUUGAACCGAAUGGAUCUCCGUAGGGCAUCGGCUUACACCUCCUGGUGCGGGGGGGGUGUCCUUCCCCUUUAAGAAAUACGGGUGCACCAACGUCAUGACGCGGAAGUAGACGCCGCCUCCGGCCGCUUAUUAACCGCCGCACGUGGCGUGUGGGCCCCUUUCCCCCUCUGCAUUGGCUCUAGCACGGUCAUGGCUGAAUGUGCCCUAUGCUUCAACGUCUACAGCCGGCUUGCGCCUCACCUGACGGCCGUUCACAAGGUGGCCAACUCGGACGAGAAGCGGCUGCUGCUCGCGCUGGCCGCCGGCCGCGUGGACACGCGGAAGACACCGUGCCCGGUCCCGGGAUGUCGCCGGACGCCAGCCCGCCUAGACAGGCACUUGAGGCAGCACGCGGAGCUCUCGACCUCGGGAAGGAAAGAGGCUAUGGGGAGGGCGAAACGCCGGAAAGUAGCUCGGGAGUUGCAGUGGCUGCGGUCCACCCAGCCUGCAAUCCCCGUCGUGUCCCAGCUAGCAUCGUCCUCCGAGGGGGAGCGGGACUCGGAGGACCCAGAGGCCGGCCGCCCGUGCGCCGACCGCGGCUGCAGGCGCGCCACCGAGCGCAUACAGGCUCAGCUCACGGACCUGGGGAAACAGGUUACCAAGAUGCGGUCCACCCUGCUCCAAAUCACACGCCUCUACCGGGAGCUAAGGAAGGGAGAAGGGGGGAGAAGGAGGAGGAAGAGGGCCAGGAGAACCAGGUCGCCUCCUGCACCACCGCCUCCCGGGCGAGGGGCGGCCGGAGGUCCGACGCCCCCCGAGCCUCCGGAGGCUUUGGAGCCCACUGCCUACCCGUUCCCGGACCACGUCCCCGCGCUGAGUUGAGUAUAUUUCAGGCACGUCACUGUCGCUCUGCUGGGUGUGUGGCUUCGGGGAAGUUGACUCUUGGUUGUGCUCGUUCCACAGACCUUCUCUUGGGGGAGUUCGAAGGGUACCAACUGGGCAGCGAGCCCACCCCCCGCCUGCGGAACAACGUCACUUCGAAGCUGGGGAGAAUCAAAGCCUUCCUUGGUUACAUGGCCAGGGGCACCGCGGAGCCAGGGGACUUCCUCUUCCUCAACCAACCAGCCCGAAUCCGAGCGUGGGCCGCCCGGCUAGGUCAGACGCGCAUGGCCGAGUCCACCAGGCAGCACUACCUGAAGAACGUGGCUCAGUUCCUAGACUACCUCUCGGAGACGCCGCCGGCCGCCUGUCAGCUCUCCAGCACGGCUCUGGUUCUGAUUCGAAGGGAGGUCAGAGCCCUCAUCCGCGGCAUACGCCGGCGUGUCGUCGUGCACGAGGUAAGGACCAAGCAGGCGAAGGAAAGCCGACUGAUCCCCAAGGCCAGCCUGGUGCGCUGUCACCGGACCGCUGGGAGGAAAAUUCCCGCCCUGCUAGAUAGCCUCGAAUCCAACCCAAGCACUAGGCAACAGUGGCGCUUCUAUGGCUUUCUGACUGGCUACCUAACCUCCAUCUCUGGGCACCGCUGUGGAGUCUUCCAGAAUCUCACAAUCCAGGAGGUUGAAGAGGCCUCCAGAAGCCCCGACGAGUCUGCUUAUGUCAUUAACAUUACCACUCAAAAAACAAACAGACACAAGGGGGUGAUGGGCUGGACAAAUCUGUCCAGGUCUGCAAAUGCUUUGAACGCCCAGAAGGCCUUGAGUCCAAUUCUGUAUAUUAGCAAGCUUCUCCCGGGACAGCUCGGUCCUUAG